ACAUCAACUGAAGUUUGCUUGACAAUAUAGCAGCGGCAUGCCAUUCCCAGGGUACCCCUUUUGAAAAAGGAAGCAUGACAUGAUGCUAUGAAAAGGGUGCUUUAAACAUAGGAAGAAGACAUCUACAAGAUCAUCAACAAGGGACUCAAGCAAUACACAUACUCAACAUCUUGUUAUAUCAUAUGUUAUGAUGGCAUCAUCAUCCUCCAAUAAUUCUCAAGAGAGGCAUGAAGUGUUCCUUAGUUUUAGAGGUGAAGACACACGGAAGACUUUCACAAGCCAUCUUCAUGCUGCUUUCAAAAGGGUAGGGAUCAAUACCUACAUAGACUACAAUCUUGAAAGAGGAGAUGAAAUAUCAGGGACGCUUCUUAGGGCCAUCGAGGAUGCAAAGCUCUCUGUGAUUGUGUUCUCAAAAAACUUUGGUACCUCAAAGUGGUGUUUGGAUGAAGUCAAGAAAAUAAUUGAUUGCAAAAAAACAAGGGGGCAAAGUGUAGUGCCUGUGUUUUAUGACAUAGAGCCUACCUGUGUACGAAAUCAAACAGGAAGCUUUGCAACUGCAUUCGCUAGACAUGAGCAGCGAUUUGUGGAUAAGCCAAACAAGGUGCAAAAAUGGAGGGAUGCUUUGAGAGAAGCAACCAAUCUCUCUGGGUGGGAUUGCAACAUUGAUAGGUUGGAAUCUGAAAUUGUUGAGGAAAUUGCUAUGGAUGUGUUGCAAAAAUUAAAUCGCGUAUAUGUUGGAGACCUAGAUCAAGAAAUUGCAAAGUACGAGCAACUAGCGAACCAUCAAAUGCGAUAUUUUCAAAGUACACCCCACCCAGCUCAUUGGCAAAAUCAUCAAGCAACUGUCAAACACAUAAGAAAACUUCAAAUGGAGAGGCAUCGACGUUUGCUUCGCAUACCUCCCGAUAUGAACUCAGAGCCCAGCGAUUCAAAUGCAAACAAUGACUUCUACGGUGUUAAUUGGUCUAAUAUAUUUAGAUAUUCAUAAUUUAUAUUUUCUAUAUGUUAUAUUUAUACUAAUUCAAACUAUGCAUGUAUUCUAUGUAUCAAUGUGCUCUAAAGCUUACUAAUUCAGUUGCACUCUAAAUAUAUGGUGUGAAAUGUGCAUGUAACGGUAUUCCCAGAUGUUUCUUUAU